AUGAACGCAUCGUCGUUGUUGCUUACGCCGUCGGUGGUGCAGCGGCAAGAAUCUUCCGUAGCAUCCCACCUGACCUCCUCACCGCUGCUGGUCGACGUGGUGUCGUUCGAGGCUUCGCUGCAACGCCUGCUGUACGAGAAGGUUUCUGCGGACGAGCAGAUGUGCAGCUACUCGGUGCAGCAGGCGUACCGCGGGCUUCUGUACGGUGUCCGUGCAACCACGCUCACGUUGACGGGGACAGGGGUAGGUACCGCGAAUCACGAGCCUGUGUUGGCUCCGUCCAAAGAUGGCGCGACGCAUCGAGACCCCGCUUUGUCAGCGGCGACGUCGACUGACGCGUGCGUGCUUCGCGGGUGGCAGGCAGUGCUCUAUCGCAUGGCGCUUGCGGCCACCCGCUCUGCUGCGGACUUGGAGUGUGUCAUCUUUUUGAGCACCCGUAUUCUCUGUGACCCGGCGACGGCCCACGGUCAAGGCAACGAACGGCCAUGCUGCACGCACGAGUGGACGCAAGCGCUACUGCAUGGACUGCCACUGAGGGGUGCGGUGAAGGGCAGCAGCGAGCACAAGGAGCUCGAUGACCGAUUUGUGCGCCUCGUGCAUGCAAACCGACGGUACCAGCUUGGAUUUCUUCUCAUUCUGUCGAACACGCUCCGCAUGUUGGCCAGCGGUCACGUCGAGGGCCAGCGGCUUUGCGCCGAACACACAGAACUGUUCACCGGCAUUGCAGAGGGGAUGGUGCCAGCUGCUGCGAGCUACGUGGAGGAGUCGAUGCGCGAGAGCGUACUGCACGCCGCGAGGAGAGCGGAUGCCGGCGGCGCCGCCCCGCUGCCGAGCCGGCUGACGGUUGAGCUGAAUCACCUCGUCGUGCACUGUGUGUACUGGCUGACCACAGACGUGCUUUUGGCGCACAUGGACGGCGAGGCCGACUCAUCCGUGGACGCCAGGGAGGCAGCAUUCAAGUCGGGGAGACGGAAGAAACGCCCACCGGUGCUCGAUCGUGACCUACCAGCGUGCCUGUGGGGGUGCAUCACAAUGGUCCGCAACGCGCUGCGACGCAGUUUGCGUUGGGUCGCCGAGGAGUUUGACCACCGCGGCUCCCGCACAGCAGCGACGCCGGCAACGGCGCUGCUGUCAGCUGUCUCGAAGCAGCUCGAGGACGUCUUCACAGAUGUGGUCAAGCACCAGGAGCUGCUGCAGCACUCGCUCCUCAACGCGACGCGCGAGUUCAACGGGGCUACAUCACACAACGCACGGAGUCUGACGGAGAUGACAUGGGCCCACACGCUGCAGAUGUGCUUCCUUGUUCGCAACUUGACUGGCGUGUGGGUCGCCGUACACGGAGGCCUGGGCGUGUCGACGGCGUCGGCAGAUUUGGUUCUGCCAGCGUACAGGGAUGUUUUGAUGUUCAUGGCUAGCGUCCUUCUGCGCGUGCCAACCCUGCAAGAUGCGAAGGAGAGCGAGCGGACAACCUUCAUGGCAACCGAUGCGGUUUUGAGUGCGUGCCUCGCGCUCGUCGCAGCCGCACCCACCACAGCGCUGCAGGCGGAUUUGUGGGCCACAGACAGCGGCGUCACACAACAGAUCCACGCUCUUCUGGUGCAGCGGGCCUUGCGGUACCGCAAUGAGCGGGUGCUUAGGUUAGCCUCACUGCUUUCGCGCGCCGUGCUGGAUGCGGCGGUUCGAGGCGGCGCCCUCGCUGGCUUCGCCGCGGACUCGUCCGACCAGCUGCUAGAGCUACUCGAGAGCGAGGAUGACGCCGCGUCGCGGUGCGUUGGUGAACUCCUGUGCGUAUCUAUCCUUGAGCACCCAUACCGUCUUAUCCCUGCGCUGUUUCGUAUGCUGGAGCACGGUAGCGCGGUCACGCGGCGACACGUGCUGGAGGUGCUGUGUAACCUACCGGACCUCGUCUCGGAGCAGCGCGCCGCCGAGCAGGACACAGCGGCGGAACCUCCGUUGCACUCCAGCGUGUCAGAUACCGUGGCGCCGUGGUCUGGUGAGCAUUCGAUGUGUAUACGGGCACACCGGCGCAACGUACUCCGACUCCUUGCAGAGAACCUUUUGCUGCGGCUGCAGGAUGAGGAACUGUGCGUGCGGCUGAUGAGCUCGUCCUUGUUUGCCAAGGUGCACCCGGACGAUGUGCUACUCCCCCUCUUGAACCUCUGUGUGCAAAGAGAUGGCACGGGACGUAAGCAAAGCGCCGCGCUGUCAGCGUUGAUCUCGGUUGUCACCGCACACACGGACACAGUGGAGACGUACCUCUUGCUCUUGCAAUGCGGGUAUCAGUGCCUGGCGGCGGCGAGCGGCGGCGCCCUCAGCGCUGGAGCCGCGCCUGGAGGUGUAAAGAUGGAUCCUGACGGUGGAGACAGCGAGCAGAGCCCUACUAUGGUGCGGCGACCGACUCCGCAGACGCCAGGCGACAUUCUAUCGCAGGCCCUCCUCUACUCAGCUGAUGACAUGGGAGGAUCGGCGCGCAACUUGUCCUCGACACCGGCGGCAAUGUCCAGCACAGCGGGCGAGAUGGACGCAUCAUCUUCUGACGCGCACGCCGGCAACUGGCGUCGCAAGGAAGCGCAGUUGCAGACAGCGCUUCUGACGCUCACAGAUCGAUGGGUGCGGGCGGCGGCAGCGAGGUGGACGUACGCUUGCCAUUCCCUCCCUCUCCUUCAGUUUCUGGCCCGUCAAGCGAACUGCGGAGCGGGUGACGGCACAGCUGAUCAUGCCAGUGACUCUGGUGCCCCUGCCGAGGAGUGUGUGCAGUGGGCCAUGAAGUACACGCUGCGGCUUACCGCAUCGCUCACGGGCCUCGUCAACGAGGACCUCUCAACGACUGACCAGGCUCGACUGAACACGAUGCACCUUCGGGCCAUCUGGGUCACGUUCUUUGCACAAACGUCGACCACGGAAGGACCGUCUGAUGACAGGUGGACACGCCUUGUUUGCCGUUCAGGAGGCGCCGGCAGCGGGGGCGAGGCAGGCGCGUCGGAAUGCCUGCACGCCGUACUGCUGCCGCUCCUGUGUUUACGCAGUUGUGCGCCAAAAACAUUCGCUGUCGAAGACGCGACAUUCGUGACCGAUGCGGUGGAGUCGCUUGAGGAGGGCGGCGGCGACGAUGACGUUUCCAGUAUUGUGCGCCGACUGUGGCGAGUCCUCUGGCGCGGCGUCACAAUGGAGAAGAAGUCGAAUGCCACGAUUUUUGCCGCGUACCCGGAAAUUCAACGGGUUGCGUUGGAGGUGGUGUGCCGCUUUCCUGCGAGGCUCUUCUUUCAUGCAUGGACGCAGUGGACAGCGGCGCAAGCAAAAGACACUGAGGCUUCCAACGCUUCUAGCUCGCCGGGCGACGGGUUGUCGGCGUCGAGGCUGUUUGCGUAUCGGGUGUACCUCUUCGGCGUGUCGUCGUACCUGGCCGCUGCGAGUGUGCAGACAAUGUCGCGGCAGAGCGACCCAUCAGCAUCGACGGCGGCGGUUCUUUCAGCAGAUCACGGCAGUUACUUGGUCAGCGACUUGCAGGCUGUCCUAGACUACCGCGCCACGCUGGAGCGGCUGUUGAACGUCACGUUGCCCCAAUGGCUGAUGGAAGAGGAAGGGGACAUAUCUGUCAAGUUGCCAUCGUCGCAGCAGGGGGGCUCAGCACAAGCAGCCGGUGUAGCGGGACCCAAGAUACCUAUCGGCCAGGACUCGAGCGAAAAGAUGGAGGCGAUGAGACAGCGACUGUGCGUCGCCGCUGUCGAUGCGGCAGCCGUCGUCGGCGUUGUGACGCUAGUCAAAACCGACGGUUUUCCAACGUCAUUUUCUCCACCGACGCCCGGCAACAGCUACACCUCCGUGCUCCACGCUCUGGGCAACAGUCUCCUCGAGACGCCGCUGACAGAGUUGGCGAAGGCGUACAGAGCCGCCGAGAAGCGCGAGACGUCGAAGAAGCUGCUGAGGCACGACGACACGGACGGUGAAACGGAUUGGACCCGGCAGCUGACGCGUUUUCAGCUAUGCCUCCGCAUUCAUCAGUGCAUGCUGAACGCCAUCUCUCUUCACCCCGCCGAUGCGAAGGGUCUGCUGCUGUGCUGGUUUCGCGGCUUCCUCCGCCCGAUUGUGGAGCUCUCGAACGCUGCUUGCAGAAGCGUGGUAGGGAGAGAACUGCACGAGUGUCGUGCAGCCGUGGACGCAUGCAGUGUUAUUUUUCAGGCUGCUCUGCUGGCGCGCAAGAUCGGCAGCCCCACCGCCCCUGCGUUGACCAACUCGGCAGAAGACAAAUCGUCGGCCUCGUCCUCUCUCCUCGUACGGCUUGAGUGGGAGGAGAGGGAGGCGCUUGUGAGCUUUGCCCUCGGAUGCGUGCGGUUCACGGCGUCGGCAGCGGUGCAAAUCGUUGGCGUCCGCCUCCUCUCUGCGGUCCUUGUCGCUGCACCCGAGCUCUUCCUGAACAUGGAGGUGUUGAGCACUCAGACGGUCAUGUCGAAGCCUUCCAUCCGUAUGGGUUCUUCAGCUUUGCCCUGCUGCGCGUUCGAAGAUGGGCAGCGGCUUCUGAGCUCCGCCGCGUCUGCGCUGCAGUCCAUCGCCCUCAUGCACCCCGAUCGCCCAACCCGUGUUCUGGCAGAUGAGGUGUUGCGCAUGCUGGAGAAGGUGGCAACGGCGAGCGGCACGUGA